AUGCUGCUGCCGAUGCCCCCGAUGCCUGCGCAGAUGGGCCCAGCCUCCGAGUCGCUGAGGGCGAUGAGCCCUUGGAUGCUGGCGCUGCUCGUGCUGCAGACUGUGCUGUGCUCCGUCCGCAUCGUCGUGUUCCUCGACAUCCUGGGCGGCUUCAUCCCAGCGAUCGGCAUCGGCAUCGGGUGGUACGCGUGGAAGGACGACAUGAACAUCACGUUCAUCUGCUACUGGGGCGUGAUGUGCCUCAUCAACGGCGCCUUCGACUUUGUCAAGUGGAUCGACUCGGCAGUCCACGCGCAGAUGCCCCUGUUCUCUUCGAAGGCGAGCACGACGUACAACGUGCUCUCCGCCGUCCAGCUCCUCAUCCCGCUGUCGGUCCUGGCCGCCGCGCCGUUUGCCUACAGGGCCUACAAGGUCCACUCGGAGGGCGACGCGCGCGCGUCCCCGGGGUUCAGCAGCCUCGGGCCCGCAGGCCCCUCGGCCCCGGAGGAGCGAAGAUCUCUCCUGGGGCGCCCGAGCCAGCAGUACACCGCGUUCGCCGGGAGCGGCCAGCGGUUGGGCACCGCCUGA